UGGGAGCUCCAGAAAAAAAGGCUGCAACGUCUACCCCAAGGCUGAAGCAUAUUGACGUUGACGACGACGAUAACCUUUCACGUUCUUAUAGGUUUCGCCGUGUGCAUAGUCGUAUUGUUAGCCCAUCAUGUCUUUCCAACCAACCCAAAUUUUUGAGGAGGGCACUACUGAGGAAAAGGGUGAGAAUGCUCGUCUCUCCGCCUUUGUCGGUGCCAUCGCCGUCGGUGACCUCGUAAAGAGCACUCUUGGUCCCAAGGGCAUGGACAAGAUUCUCCAGUCAGCCUCCACCGCCGAAAUCAUGGUUACCAACGAUGGUGCCACAAUCCUCAAGUCGAUCGCCCUCGAUAACGCCGCCGCAAAGGUUCUGGUCAAUAUUUCGAAGGUUCAAGAUGACGAAGUCGGUGACGGUACCACCUCCGUUGCUGUUCUCGCUGCCGAGCUAUUGAGAGAGGCGGAGAAGCUGGUCGACAAGAAGAUUCAUCCCCAGACUAUCAUUGAGGGUUACCGGAUAGCCAGCCAGGCUGCGUUGAAGGCGUUGGAAGGAUCAGCCGUUGACCACAGCAAAAACCCCGAGGCCUUCCGACAAGAUCUGCUCGCUAUUGCUCGAACAACACUUAGCUCCAAGGUCUUAGCCCAGGACCGCGACCAGUUCGCCGAAUUGGCUGUUGAUGCCGUUCUCCGACUCAAGUCAUCCGACCUCAACCACAUUCAAAUCAUCAAGAAGGCUGGAGGCAAACUCAGCGACUCCUACCUUGACGAAGGUUUCAUUCUCGACAAGAAGAUUGGUGUCAACCAGCCCAAGCGACUAGAGAAGGCUAAGAUUCUGGUGGCAAACACCUCCAUGGACACCGACAAGGUCAAGAUCUUUGGUGCCCGUGUCAAGGUUGGUUCAACAAGCAAGCUUGCUGAACUUGAGAAGGCCGAGAAGGACAAGAUGAAGGCCAAGGUUGAGAAGAUUAAGGCACACGGCAUCAACUGCUUCAUCAACCGACAGCUCAUUUAUAACUGGCCCGAGCAGCUGUUUACUGAUGCCGGCAUCAUGUCAAUUGAGCAUGCUGACUUCGACGGUAUUGAGCGUCUCGCCCUGGUCACAGGCGGUGAGAUUGCCUCGACCUUUGACCAUCCCGAUCAAGUCAAGCUUGGCCACUGCGACGUUAUUGAGGAGGUGAUUAUUGGCGAAGAUACUCUCAUCAAGUUCUCUGGCGUGGCCGGUGGAGAAGCUUGCACAAUUGUCCUUCGAGGUGCCACAGAACAACUCCUUGAUGAGGCCGAGCGAAGUCUGCACGAUGCCCUUGCUGUUUUGUCACAGACUGUCAAGGAACCCCGAACCACUCUUGGCGGUGGUUGUGCCGAGAUGCUCAUGGCCAAGGCGGUUGAGGGCGCUGCUACCCGAGUUGAGGGCAAGCGACAACUGGCUGUCUCUAGCUUUGCCGUCGCUCUUCGACAACUACCCACUAUCCUAGCUGACAACGCUGGUCUUGACUCUGGUGACCUUGUUGCCAGAUUGCGCAAGGCUCUCUACGAUGGUCUUACAACUUACGGUCUGGACCUGAUGACCCCUGGUGGUGGUAUUACUGAUAUGCGAGAUCUCGGCGUUAUCGAGAGCUACAAAUUGAAGAAGGCUGUGGUGUCUUCGGCCAGCGAAGCCGCAGAGCUUCUUCUUCGUGUGGACGAUAUCAUCCGGGCAGCUCCUCGUCGACGAGAGCGUAUGUAAGGCUGGUUUAGGUAGCCGGUGAGGACGAGUCAAUGUGCAUAGACCAUGAUGAUCUGUAAUGAUACCAUAGAUGCUGGGAAAAUGGAAAAAAGGACCAUCGUGAAUGAGCCUUGCCUUAUGACGAACAAAUGGGUUCCUAGAACUACUUGACUUUAAGUGAGCAGUGUCAUGCCAGUGCCAGCAGCUUGCGACUCCUUUUUGACACUGCCUUGCCAUUGUUACGUGAAGUUGACACUGGCGAACCCUGGCGCGCAUUAUUUGUUGCUCACGUCUAUUGUUGCGUUUAAUGAAUGAC